GGGUUUAAAUAUAUGGUACUUGGAGAAGUUACGGCGUCGUUUCAACAGUAUCUAAUAGCUUCUCAUCAGCAUAAACCCUAAACCCUGUGAAGUGAAGAAGAGAGGAAAAAUGUUGAUUGCUCGAAAGCUUUCUGCUUCAAACCUCAAAUCCUUUCUUUUUUUGCGUUUCAUUUCACACUUGUCUUCUUCACCUAUCUGCUCAAACCCAUCAAUCCUUUUCCCACUUCCUUCCACUCUUUCCCGUUCUUUCUCUUCCAAACCCACUUCUCCACAAGCUUUUAGUCUCUCCCGUGAUGGCAACUUUGACGAAACCACUUCCCGAUUCUCCCUCGUCUGCCCUGGUUGUGGAGUUCAUAUGCAAGACUCCAAUCCCAAGCAUCCUGGCUUCUUCAUCAAACCCUCUAAGAAAGAUUCCAAUUAUCGUCUCCUUACCCAUCUCGUUCCCGUCGAUGAUGAAUCCGAAUGCUCUGAAUUUCUCAAGAGAGGCCUCGUAAUCGAGCCUGAAAAGGAGAAGACUGAAGAGGAUGUGAACGAGAAACCCCAGAAGCCGACCGUGUGUUCGCGAUGCCACUCGUUGAGGCACUAUGGGAAGGUAAAGGAUCCUUCAGUGGAGAAUUUACUGCCUGAUUUUGAUUUCAAUCAUACUCUCGGUGGGAGAUUGGUGUCUACUACGGGAACCCGAUCUGUUGUUCUAAUCGUCGUUGAUGCUGCAGAUUUUGAUGGGUCAUUCCCAAAAAAGGUAGCGAACUUGGUAUCGGCGAGUAUUGAGAAUAAUUCAGCCGCCUGGAAACAGGGGAAAUCAGGGAAUGUGCCAAGAGUGGUGCUUGUGGUGACGAAAACAGAUUUGCUGCCUAGUUCUUUAUCACCAGAAAAAUUCGAGCACUGGGUGAGGCAGAGAGCGAGAGAGGGAGGAAUCAACAAGAUAACGAGUUUGCAUAUGGUGAGUUCAAUUAGAGAUUGGGGGAUAAAAAAUUUGGUGGAGGAUGUAAUUGAGUUGGCUGGGGCAAGAGGAAAUGUGUGGGCAAUUGGAGCACAAAAUGCUGGGAAAAGCACGUUGAUUAAUUCAAUAGGAAAGCAUGUUGGUGGGAAGAUCACGCAGUUGACUGAAGCACCAGUUCCUGGGACAACGUUGGGGAUAAUCAGAGUAGAGGGAAUUUUUCCUGCUCAAGCCAAAUUGUUUGAUACUCCUGGCCUUCUGAAUCCUCAUCAGAUUACUACAAGAUUGACAAGGGAAGAGCAGAAACUUGUUCACAUCAGCAAGGAAUUGAAACCCAGGACUUACAGGAUUAAGGUUGGUCAUACAAUUCAUGUUGCUGGUCUCAUGAGGCUAGAUGUGGAAGAAACAAAUUUGGAUACAAUUUAUGUUACAGUGUGGGCAUCUCCUUAUCUUCCAUUACACAUGGGGAAAACAGAAAAUGCAACCAAAAUGCAAGAGGACCAUUUUGGUAUUCAAUUGCAGCCACCAAUAGGCAAAGAUCGAGUAGAAGAACUUGGAAAAUGGGUGAGAAGGGAGUUUCGUGUUUGUGGAACUAGUUGGGAUUCAAGUUGUGUAGAUGCUGCUGUUGCUGGCCUGGGUUGGUUCGCCAUUGGCCUAAAAGGCGAAGUAGUCUUAAGCAUAUGGACUUACGAGGGGGUCGAUAUUGUUUUACGAAGUUCUGUCAUUCCUCAUCGAGCAAACUUCUUUGAAGAUGCUGGAUUUACAGUCUCGAAAAUUGUCUCCAAGGCUGAUCAGGCUUCCAAUAAACCACUUGGUCAAAGUGAAAAGAAGAAAAAGAGUGACCCCGAGGUUCAUGUGCUUGCUCAAACGUAAGCAUUGAGAGCUCACUUCGACUAUGAUUUUGCUUAAAUGUUGUAGCAUUGAACAGUAAGUGAUCUAUAUCAAUGUACAAGAAUGGGGUUUGUCGGAAUUUAUGCUGGAGAAUAGCAAUGCAAGCAACUUCAAGCCUUUCAGCCCAUGAUAAGUGUCCGGGAUUUGUGAUAUAUGAAGCCACAUUCACGCUCGAAACUCGAACUAGGUUGGCAUCAUAUCAGAGAGUUGUAUACUUAAAUCUACUGCUUCAUUUUCGAGGAAGGCUUUAGCUUCUAUAUUCACUACGGGAGGCAGUGCAAAAUGGAAGUAAUUAUAAACUUGAGGAAUUGAUUGUUUCCUCUACGGCUUUGCAGCCCCAAAAUGUCGAGAGUUGUGGUUUUUUCUUUUUUUCUUUUUUUUUUUUUUUUGUAAUCAGGUUGCCCAUGUCUGAUUAACAUCCAUCAAGAUUAGUUCUUAGUCUUUCGAUUUUUUCUAUUCAUUUGCAAUAACCAGACUUUCAUAUUUAUAA